CAGUAGAUACAGUGUAUGUUUUUCCAGAGUAACACAGCGAUCUGUGCAAAGCAUCCCAGUGCAUCCUCAUGAAAUUAAGGAAUGCGCAGCUAGCAAAAGUUUUUAGUGCCAUCAAAGACGUUGCCUACCAGCGAGAAAGUAGCGGCACCUUCGCGUGGAGUAGGCCAGUCAGGUCCAAAGUAUGACCUCAGAGGAACGAGUCUUGGGGACAUCCAAGGCAACGGUUGUAUCACCUGUGAACCUCCGCAAGCUCAGUUUUGGGAAGGUCGGAAGAAAGCAGAGCAAUGGAUCAGUUCACAGGGCCAGCUCGUGCAGCAGCAACAGCGGCGGCAGCAGCAGACCGGAGGCAGAGACCACCGGUCACCACCGGCAGCCGGCCAAGAGCAGGAUCCGCCAGCACCGGCACCGGCUGUCGGCCGUCUUCAGCCGCAGCGUCUCCACGUUGGGCCGGGGGGACGGCAUGGCCAGCGCCAGCGCCGGUGCGACCGGGGAGGAGAGCCUGGUGGCCGACGACCCCUCCGAGCUGUCCAAUCACGUGACGGCGCCGGGCAUACUGAAGAUUUUUGGCAACGAGAUCUGCGAGGGGGCCAACUACAAGAGUGUGCUGGCCACGACCCACUCCAGUGCCAGGGAGCUGGUCAAAGAGGCACUCGAGAGAUACUGUCUGAGCAAGGCGGAUGCGGAUUCCUACGUGCUCUGCGACGUGAUUGGCUGCAUUGGGGACCAUCAGUGGAGGACCGAGUGCCUCCGUGUCGUAGGUGACAACGAGAAGCCACUUCUGCUGCAGUCGUUAUGGAAACCCAGAGAGGGCUAUGCACGCCGCUUCGAGAUCCAGAAGCGUGCCAGUGUGGAGGAGAGAACUUCCAAGGACAAGGACACCGUGACCGCAGGCCUCAACGCCCAGGCCCGGAAGCUGCAGAAGACCCGCUCGCGCGGCAAGUCCAUCUUCCUGGACAUGAUGCGGCGCCGGAGCCAGACAGACGGCGGCCAGGGCCUGUGGCGGAGCCGCAGCGAGGCGGACAUCGUGGCCGAGGAGGAGGACCCCGAGGAGAGCCCCGAGGGCAGCCCCGACGCCCCCAGCAGCCCCUGCGGGUUCCAGGUGGGCCCCCCGGGGGAGAAGACGAGCGGGCCGUCCGCGUCGCGGGGUGCCGGCGGCGGCGGCGCGGGAGCCGUGGCGACGGAGGAGGAGGCCUACAAAGCCGCCCAGUGUCCAGCUCACGAGCGGGAGGAGACGGAGAGCAGUGACGACAACGGCACACAGUACUUCAUUCACCCGCCCUUCGACCUGCCCUACUUCCUGCUUCUGCAGGGCUACAGCGCAAGACAGGACUUUAUUAUUUAUCCGAUUAGCGGGGAAAGCACUGUGUUUGGCCACGGUGUCAGUGUAGCUGUUGGUGAGAAGGAGUCUUCGUCUGUGGACGUUUCGCUCUGGGCCCCAGACAUCGCGUCCCAGCACUGUGGCAUCCAUCGCCUGCAGCCCGACUCUUCAACCCCAGGAGAGGAGAGUGAUAAGGGGCCUUGCGCUACCUCCGUGAAGCCCUUCCAGGGAGCCGUGGUCAAGAGGAACGGCGUCGGCGUGACCCAGGAAGUCUCGUUGCGCAACGGCGACCUCCUCGGCCUGGGCGAGUACUACCUGUUCAUGUUCAAAGACCCCACCGCCGCCGCCGAAGGCCUGCAGCCUUACUGCGAACUGAUCUCGGUGCAGAUGCCCGACUCGCCGCUCGCGGAGCCGCUGUGCAACACCUGCGUCUCGUCCAGGACGAACCCGUCCAGGAGGCCGAGGGAGAGCGCAGACGUUCUCCUCCUGCCCUGUCUGAAGGGUUCCGAAGGCCAGGAGCUCUCCUUGGUCUACGACGCGGAGCACGAGGAGAACGUUCUGAGGGACAUUUUUUCGGCGGCGGUGGCUGGACGCGACGGAGAGCCCAAACUGACACCGGCGCUCCUGCUGUGCCUCUGUCUCCAGCGGUCGGCCACGCACUUCAGCACAGCCAGCCUCCGGAAACUUCUGCUGCGCAUCGCCAGUGAGGUCCAGACGACAGUAUGGCAACACGCAAAGGAGCUCGCUGCUGUCCAGCCAGAAAUGGCCAGUGCUAGCAGUCAAGACCCAGAGGAACUGCAGCCGCUGACUAUUGAUAAACUGGUCCCAGGCCUGCAGCCGUUGGUCCUGUGGAUGGCAAACUCCAUCGAGCUGCUGCAUUUCAUCCAGCAGGAAGUGCCUCGGCUCCUGCACGGCCUGACCCCAGAGGAGGAGCAGGAUUACAGGGAGGAGGAGGACGAGGAGGCGCACAUCGCACUGCUGGAGAUGCGUUUGUCUGCCGUGCGCCCAGCCAGCGAGGAGGCCAUGACGGUCCUGGAGGAGGUCAUUAUGUUUACGUUUCAGCAGUGUGUCUAUUACCUCACCAAGGUCCUUUACCCUUUGUUAGCAAGCGUGUUGGACAGCCACCCUUUCUCCGAGACCGGACAGCUUCUUGUGCCUGAAGACCUCAGCAGUCUCCUGGCCGUCCUCCAGAGGGCGCUCCAGCUGGUGAAGGACUUCCAGGUGCAUUGGGAGAUUGGCUCUCAGCUGCUUGCCUACCUCUUCUUCUUCAUCAACGCCUUCCUGUUCAACCUCCUCAUGGAGAGAGGUUCUGGAGGGACGUUUUACCAGUGGUCCCGCGGUGUCCAGAUCCGAGCCAACCUCGACUUGGUCAUGGACUGGGCCCAGGGUGUGGAGCUGGGAGAACUAGCGCUUGGCUGCCUCAGCAAGCUCUCCGCAGCGGUGAACCUCCUGGCAACGCCAAAGGAACAUCUUCUCCAGGACACCUGGCGCUCCCUGCGGAACGAGUUUGCGCAGCUGAACCCGGCGCAGCUGCACCACCUGCUGCGGGAGUACAGCCCCGGCCGGGCCGGCCCCCUCGCCUGGACCCCCUGCACCACGGAGGCCCAAGCCGCCUUCAGAACCGUGGACAUCCUGGAGAGUCUGGACAACCACCCGCCCCUGGUGCUGCCCUGCAGCGGGUUCGUGCUGGAGCUCCGGAGGCCCGUCAGAGACGCCGAGCUGACGGAACAGGCCGCGAGGCUGCAGGAGGUCAUCGACCGCCUUCCUCCUGGUGGUGGUGCUGAAACGAACCCAGGUACCACGCAGGACUCUGUAGUACCCAUGGAGGCCAAGGUCACCAAGAUGGAGUCUCUGCCCAUGGCCCAGCUGGAGGUUGGCCAGGUGGAGCGGGUGGUGCCCCAUCACGACGGUGGCGACUGGUCGCCGGGCCCCGUGCUCUCUGCCGAGCCUGGCUCACGCGGAGCCCCUACGAACGAGAAGUCGAUGAGCCCGGAGGUCCAGAGCGCGGAGCCUCAGAACCUCAGCCGUCGCCACCACCGCCACCGCAGCAGUAGAGGUCUGGCGCUGGACCCUGCUGGACCCUGCUCGCUCACCCCACCCACCACGCCACAGAGCCUCCGGUUGUCGGAGGCCGAGACGGAGACGGUGACCGAGACCGAUCACCACGAGGAGGAGAACGAUCUACAGCGCCGAAACGCCAGCCGCAACCACAGCAGCGCGGGAACGCACUUGAAAGACACAGUGAAGAAGAUGAUGGCAGAGGAAGAGGAGGAGGAGGAGGAGGAGGACGAUGAAGACGAGGAUGAGGUGUUCGCUGUGGAGCUGAGGAGGGGAGUGUGUGGACUGGGCCUCGCCCUGGUGAAUGGAACAGAGACUCCACUGGAAGUGGACGGGAUUUACAUCAGGUCCAUCCUCCCAGGCUCUCCUGCAGCCCAGAGCCACAGCUUGUGUCCAGGGGACCGCAUACUGGCCGUGAACGGCAUCAAUCUAGUGGGGAUGGACUACCACGGUGGGAGGGAUCUCAUUCGGCAGUCCGGUGAAAAAGCACGACUGCUAGUGGCCAGGUCCACAUCAUGGAGUGGGCGGAGCAGAGUGUCACAAGACUGCAUAAGCUGACAGUGACCACGGUUGCUGGACUCAGAAUGACACACAUGUGUAUCCAUAACCAAUUGUACAUGCGAAUAUUUAUGAUGUCUUUAUACACGUUUAUACAAAAAAUAUUUUUCAUGAUUUUAAUAUGAAUGUACUGUGUGUGUGUGUGUGUGUGUGUGUGUGUGUGUGUGUGUGUGUGCAACUGGUUGAUUGUCGUGUUAAAAACAGUCUUUGUGUGAGCACAAUAAUGAAUUAUUAAUCUUUAGUAAUAUUUGAUGUGCCUUAAGGACAUGAUAUUGCUAUGUUGUUUUGCCUGUCUAGACAAGCUUGUUUACCUUUUACUUUGUCCUAGUUGAGGGGGAAUAGUCUUUGAUAAAAUGACAUUGAUCAGUGUCUUUAUCUAGCACAUUCAACAUUGUUCCAACUUAUGCUUGUUUAUAGAAUAUAAAUAAUUAUUUUAAUUAACAGUGACAUAAUGGAGCAAAGGGCAGCUGCCUCAUACAGUGUGUUUCUUUUUAAGAAUUUUAAAAUGGAAUUGAUGGCGCUGAGUGUUGAUAUGUUUGUAACCCCCCAUGCAUGGACAGUAAACAGUAAACAGUACACUGCACACACACACACACACACACACACACACACACACACACACACACACACACACACACAUACACACACAUACACACACACACAGCAUGAAAUUGUUUACAAGAGAAAUGAUGAAGUGGAAACCACGUCUACCUAAAACUGAUAAUAUGAUUACAUGAACAAUAG